AUGGGGGAACUUGGGUUAGAGGAAAGAGGUGGUGAUAUAGUUUAUAUGGAGGGUGAGGUGGAGGAAAUAGUUACAGUGGUUGAGAGUGUGGGGGUGGUUGAGAGCAAAUUUACUCUUCACUUACCAACCAAAGAACCAGAACAAUCGUUGCGAGCACGAAUCAGAAAAGCCAGGCACGACAGACUGGAAGUGACAGAAGAACCGCUGAUAGUUUCUGAUUUUGAGAAAGAGGGAACCGUUUCAAUUCAUUCGGAACACUCUGAUUCUGAAAAUUCGGAUACCGAGUCUGAAACUAUGGCAGCUUCCCCACCUCCUGUGGAGAGACUAUUAGGUGAUUACGGGGGAGCAAAUGCCCCGCUUGGAAGGAUGACAAUCGUGAAUCAACCAGUCAAUGUUGCCCACUUUCAACUUCACCCCUCAACGAUACGGCAACUAGAAAGGAGACCUUUCUCAGGAAAAAUUAACGAAGAUGCCAACAAGCAUUUGCAAAGGUUUCUGACUAUGACUACGUCGUUAAAGAUUGAGGGGCAUUCUGAGGAAGCUAAGAAGCUGGUCAUGUUUCCGUUUACAUUGUCAGAAGAUGCUGAAGAGUGGUUCUACUCUUUACCUGCUGGAAGCAUCACAACUUGGCAACAGAUAGAGACAACUUUUCUCAACGAGUACUUUCCAGCCUCUAAUUUUGUAAAUGGUCUCCGGAUGAAGACUAAGCAACUCAUUGACACAUCAGCUGAUGGUUCAACUAACUUUACAACAGCCACUGGUAUUAAAAAGAUUAUAGAAGCCAUUGCAGCCAAUGAACACCUGGAGUUGUAUGACCGCAGUGUUAUUCAACCCGAAGGGAUAAUUGACCUGAAAUUGGCAAGUCAGGUGGUGAAGAUGGAAGAUCAAAUAGCAGCUGAAGUCGAAAGGAGACUGAAGAAGAUGGCUAUUGAUACCCAAAAUGUGGCACAAGUUCAACCGGUUCAACCAACUCAAGCUAGUAAUUGCGAAAUUUGUGGAGGACCUCAUCUUACCGCAUAUUGCGUUGCAACCGCACAACAAAUUGAGGAGAUCAAGUUUCUUAGGCAGAACAACCCUUAUUCAAAUACAUACAAUCCGGGUUGGAAAAACCAUCCAAAUUUCUCAUGGAAGGAUCAACAAGGAAAUGUGCAGAACCAACCACAGCAACAACAAUUUCGACCUCAGCAACAACAACUGUAUCAACAACCUCAACAACAGUUUCAGCAACAGGUACCAAGAAAAGUUGAUUGGGAGCUUGCCAUUGAGAAGAUGGCUGCUCAAAGCUCUCAAUUUCAAGAAGAGACUCGAAGUAAUUUAAAAAACACAGGUGCUUCAAUUAAGAAUCUUGAAAUACAGAUGAGUCAGAUAGCCCAACAACUAGCGGGUUCUCAACAACAGGGCGUUUUACCAAGUUCUACGAUUACUAAUCCAAGAGAAAAUAAUCAUGUGAAUGCGGUGACCACAAGGAAUGAGGUUACUAGUGAUGAAAGAGUGGUCAAAGAUAAAGUUAUUGAUCCAAAACCGACCGUCAAACUGCCAUUCCCAACAAGAAAUAAGAAGAAAGGGCAGCAUGAGAAAAACUUUGAGAAGUUCUUGGAAAUGUUUAAAAAGCUUGAGCUAAACAUUCCUUUCUUGGAGGCGCUUGAGCAAAUGCCUACCUACGCAAAGUUCAUGAAAGACAUCAUCUCGAAGAAGCGGACCAUAGAGACUAACCCGAUUAUUCUAACGGAAACUUGUAGUGCCAUUUUGCAGGGUAUGAAGGUUCCGGUGAAAAAAAAGGAUCGAGGUUUUCUGACUAUUCCGUGUGCCAUUGGAGAUAGAUCCUUCAAGAAAGCUCUAAUUGAUUUGGGAGCGAGUGUAAGUCUUAUGCCGCUGUCCAUCUAUAAGAGGUUGGGGAUAGGUAAAAUUCAAGAUACGAGAAUGACACUCCAGUUUGCUGACCACUCUGUGAAGAGACCUUAUGGGAUAGUAGAAGAUGUGCUAGUAAAGAUCGACAAGUUUGUGUUUCCGGUAGAUUGUGUCAUUUUGGAAAUGCCGAAAGAUGAAGAGAUACCAAUCAUUUUGGGGAGACCAUUUCUAGAAACUGGGAGAUGUUUGAUCGACAUAGAAGAAGGCACGAUGACUUUGAAAGUGUAUGAUGAAGAGUUAAAAAUUGAUAUGUGA